AUGACCGAGGAAAAUCAACAACAAAGUCACCAACAGAAUGUAGUUGCUCGUCGAAACUACGUCAUCCCUGUCUUUGAAAAGACAAGGCAGGUAACCGUGGUGGUAUCGGAAGGAAGCAAGUUCCUGGUUUGUUCUUGUGGACACUGGACCGGCUACUCCAUUGCCUGUCGCCAUAUCUACAAAGUCAUGGAGAGGAAACCAGUUGAAACUGAUGCCAAAAUCAGAAACUUCAAACUGUAUCGAAUGUAUGUGGGUGACAAGACAAAACAGGAAAUGAGUGAAAGACUCGAAAGACUGAGGGAUCAUCCAAGUCAAAAGAUUGGUGUCCUACUUACCGACGAUUUACCCAAUCAUGUAAGCUGGAAAGAAGUUGGAAAAGGCGAUGCUCCCUUGGAAUUCUUCCUCGAGACACUGGACAAAAUCAAGUUGAGGACACCAUCGUACUGGAAGAUAAUCUAG